GCUCGCGCGUGCGCACGGGGCGCCCGCUUUGGGUUCUUGCACGCGAGUCUACACGAGGUGAGAGGGACAUGGAGGACUCGACUUCGACUUCCGCCGCAACCGCAGCGUCGACUCCAGAGACCCAGGUCGCAGUGGAGCAGCUGGACAAAGGGCAGAUCAAAAAGGCAGUGGAAGCUCUGUUGACCCAUUCCAGGUCCAGGAAAAACGCGAAUGGAUUGCUUUUGAAUGAGAAUGAAAAUUUCUUUUUAAUGGUGGUAUUAUGGAAAAUUCCAAGUAAAGAACUGAGGGUCAGAUUACCCUUGCCUCAUAGUAUUCGAUCAGAUUUGGCAGAGAUCUGUUUAUUUACUAAGGAUGAACCCAAUGUAACUCCCGAAAAGACGGAGCGUUUUUAUAAGAGGCUUUUGAAGAAGCAUGGAAUUAAAACCAUUUCUCAGAUUAUCCCCUUCAGAACUUUAAAAAAGGAAUACAAAGCUUAUGAAGCCAAGCUCCGCCUCGUGGGUAGUUUCGACUUCUUCCUUACGGAUGCAAGAAUCAGGCGGCUCUUACCCUCCCACCUAGGGAGACAUUUCUACAACAGGAAGAAAGUUCCAGUCCCUGUGAACCUUCUGGCCAAGAACCUCUCCAGAGAGAUCAACGAAUCGAUUGGCGGAACGGUCUUAAACGUCUCUAACAGUGGUUCAUGCAGCACUAUCCGCAUCGGUCACACUGGAAUGCAAGUUCAGCACAUCGUCGAAAACAUUGUUGCUGUCGUGAAAAAACUUGCACAGAAAUUGCCGGAGAAGUGGGAGAGCGUGAAACUCUUGUACGUGAAGACCGAGAGGUCGGUCGCCCUUCCCGUCUUUUCUUCAUUUGUGAGCAGUCAGGAUGAAGCCAACGGGGUGCGCACUCCUAGUCAGAAGAAAAAAGAAGCAAGGAAAAUACAAAAACAAAAAGAAUAUCGUGAAAAACAAAAGGAGAAGAAAAGAAAUGAAAGUCUUGUAAAACAGGCUACAUCGGCUGUGACCUCAGAGGAAAUGUGA